AGUAAGUUUGUCUGAUACCGAGGCGAAGGUGGUAGUCGAAAUAAUUUGUCAGUUGAAUUGGUGUUUCUGCAAAAAGUACUUUCGACAGAGAAAAUGCUUGUUAAAGUGAAAUUUCACUUACAUUUUCUAUGGUUACUAUUGCUAGUGGUGUCAGUGAUUGGACAAAAUUUACCAAAAUUCUGCAGAAGCUGUCCUCCUCCUGAUACAUCAAAUUGCAACCAUGCUAACAUUGGCGCAUUUCAGUGCCAAAACGAUACCGACAGUUGCUACGUGCGCAACCUAAACGGCCAGAUCGAUCGUGGUUGUAUGCAGGCAAUUGGUUCAGAUCGCCAAAGAUGCCUUGACCCAAGUGAUCUAUCCUGUUUAACCUGUCCUGAUCUGCUUUGCAACGAUGAUCUCUGGCCAACGUGCCACGUGUGUCAAGAAUCAACGGAUCCCACGUGUCGCGGGGAGCAGUCGGGUGUUGGGACGUUCUGCGAACGUUACAACGCUCCAGGGAGUUGCUUCGAGCGGAUCGUCAACGGAAGUGUGGAGCGCGGAUGUCGGUCCGACGUGGUUGGGGAUCCGUGCGCCGGGAAUGAGCAUUGUCGGGUGUUUGAGGGAAGUGCCAGUAACGGGCAUGCUGUGCGGGAAUUUCAGGUGACGAAAUGUGUUCAAUGUAGAGCGGAUGAUUUGGAUGUAGAUCGAAGCUGCUUGAGUGGGAGCAAAGGGCUGACGAGUUGUGUUGGGCCUUCCGAUGGGCGGUGUUACUCAAGGAUACUCGACGGUGGAAUCCUUGAACGAGGAUGUCAAGGAAACUUGACGUUGGAUGAAGUCCAGCGAUGUAAUGGAACUAUGUGUGGAAUAUGCAUUGGGGAUGGCUGCAACUCAGGAAUCUUCCCUGAAGAUCGUUUAAGGUGCAAUGAGUGCAAUUCUGGAAAUACCUCAGAUUGCAACAUUGAGCUAACUGAUGCUUCAAAAUCUGUAAUUUGUAAGAUUUAUACCGAGGACAACAUGUGCUAUUCUGCAAUUUCGUCAAACCAAACCUUCGAACGAGGUUGUCUUUCAGAUGUGAGCAACUCAAGUUGUAUCGAAGACGAUAAUUGCAUUCAGUGCGUGGGAAACAAUUGCAAUAGAAUCUCAGAGCAAACAAUCCUGAACUACCCAAAGUGUUUGAGAUGUACAUCCGAUGAAGAUGGUUGCUCGGAAGGAAAUAUGACGGCAUCCAAGUGUGACCAUCCGGAUGAUUCAUGUUUCACGCGUGUUAAAGAUUCCGUGCUCGAAAGAAACUGUCUCUCAACGCUGAGUCCAACUGAUAGAACCAAAUGUACAACGGCAGAGGACAAAUCUUGUGUAGUCUGCCCUUCGAGAGGUUGCAACAACCAGCGUUGGCCAACCUGUCACGUAUGUGAAGAAACUACCAAUUCCACCUGUCCGCUGGAGCAAAUCCGUUCCGGAUCGUUCUGUAAAAACCAUAAAGAACAAGCCGAGUGUUUCGAGCAAUUCGUUCAGGGAAAUGUUCAACGAGGUUGCGUUUCUGACUUGAUUCCAGCCUUCGAUCCUUGCCUCAGCAACGGAAAGUGUAAAUCUUGCACUGGGAAUGAUUGCAACAAAGAGAGAAGUGACCGCUUCCAGAACGUAGCCUGUCUACAGUGUACAGCUGAUGGAACGGAUUCCGAUGGAAGCUGCCUGCUGGGAACACAAGUUUCGCAAAGCUGUGAGGAUCGCUCCAACGGUGGAUGUUUCACUUGGAUCAACGGUGCAGGUAUCCUCUUAAGGGGAUGCCAAAGUGACUUCGGUAACACUACCCAAUGUAACGGAACAACUUGUAGAAGCUGCGACGAAGAAGGUUGCAAUUCUGGCAUUUUUCCUCAGAAUCGACUGGAGUGUUACCAAUGCAAGGGGCAGGAUUGCGGCAAGGAAUCGACACAGAAUACGACCUCCGCCAUUUGUCGAAUCUUCAAAUCAGAUAACAAGUGUUUUUCUAGAAUCUCUGCGGAAGGAGUCUUUGAACGCGGCUGCCAGUAUGACCUAAUCAACGGUUCAAAUCCUUGCUCAGGACUGGAAAACUGCAUUCUCUGCACUGGAAGCAAGUGCAAUACUGUUUCUGAAACUCAGCUGAAGGCACAUCCAAAGUGUCUACGAUGUACCUCAAGUAACCAAAACUGCGUUGGCGGAUUGCUGAAUGCUACAAGCUGCGACCAACUAAACGAUUCUUGCUUUACUCGGGUUAAAGAUGGAAUACUGGAACGAAACUGCUUGUCAUCUCUGAAAGAUACAGACAUUACCAAGUGUAACAACACUGAGGACCAAUCGUGCCAAAUAUGCUCCGGACCAGGCUGUAACAAUCAUGAGUGGCCCAAAUGCCAUCAGUGCAGCGCAACUGACUGUAAUUCCGAUCAACCGGCCUCAAAGUCUCAAUUUUGUCCGGAAUUCAACCUUCACCAGUGCUACGAGAAGCUAGAGGCAAUCAACGUAACUCGAGGUUGUGCGAACGUCCUCAUCGAAGAUCCCUGCAAAGACAGUUUGGAAUGCAAGCUCUGCGAUACAGCUUCCUGUAACAAUCGCUCCGCCAGCACACUCGUAACAAACCAGCGAUGCCUGCAAUGUAAUUCAACGGAAGAUUCCGAUGGAAUCUGUUUAGAAGGACGCAUGCAGGAAGCGCCUUGUCGAACAGAAUCUGGCCAGCAGUGCUACUCACGUGUUGACGAUGAUGGAGUGCUUCACCGAGGUUGUCGAGGUGAUUUAGCAGCGGAUGAAAUAGCAGCCUGUUCGGGGGUUAGCAAUUGUACAAUCUGCACCGGAACCGGAUGCAACGGAAAUGUCUUCCCACCGAAUCGGCUACGAUGUCAUCGUUGCAACUCUUUGCUGGAUAAGCAAUGCUCGAACCAGCUAACGGGGAACGCAACUUCUUCGUACUGUGAAGUUUAUUCCCCGUAUGACUCGUGCUACACUAGAAUUCGGAAUGAUAUUUUGGAGCGUGGCUGCCAGUCAGACCUGGAGAACUCUGCAUGCAUUAUUCUGGACAAAAAGCAUUGUCAAACCUGUGAGGGUAAUAACUGUAACGAAAUUUCCAAAACUAAAUUGAAAAAUUCAGCGAGAAAGCUCGAUCAAACCGCAUGGAUUACGAUAGCAAUGCUUACGGUUCUGUUUCACUUGUUAUGAAGUAAAUAAAACUAACCAAAAAAAUCUGUUUUAAGUUAUUAAGAAGCUCAGAAAUGAAAUGCAUAGAAUCUCAAUUUCUAGUGAUUGCAGAAUACUAAUGUUUUAUAAUCCAUAUAAAGAAGCCAAAAACUCAGUGUUCUGAUACUUAAUCAUAAAUAAAUAUGAUUGGGAAAUAAUAUUAUUUUGUU